AUGAAAGUCUAUCGCUCCGACACAAUAGACAUUCCUAAAGAUCUGAAUUUAACAGAACUCCUCCAUAGAUCAGCAUAUUCAGACCUUCCUGAGUCUCAUCUAAUCGCCAAGGAUAGUUUAACGAAUCGAAGUAUUACGAUCGGACAGCUACGCGACCGAGCUGGUAAGAUUGCGAAAGGUCUCAAAAUAAAAUUGAAGCCAGUCGACCAAGCAAGAUGGGCCAUUAUUCUACCUAAUAGUGUCGACUUUCUCGAGAUCUUCCACGCGAUACUUUGGACGGGCGGCGUCGUAUGCCCUAUUAAUCACGCACUAAAAGCUACGGAGAUCGGUCAUGGACUUGUUGUCGCAAGACCACACUUUGUGGUAUCCUACGGGGCCACAGUUCCGAUUGUCAAGGAAGCCUUACGAGUCGCUGAAAAAGAGCUUGCCGACCAAGGAGUAAGCUGGGAGAAGCCUAAAAUAAUAACGAUUAUCACUCAAAUUAACGGACUUCCUCACUUACCAGAUGACUACAUCUCAUCAGAGCGUUUACCAAUCCCUCAUUGGCGCGAUACGACAGAUCGCCUUGCAUCAAUUCACCUGUCAUCUGGAACCACAGGCAAACCGAAGGGAGUUGAGCUGACGCACUACAAUUUCGUUUCAAAUUGUUAUCAACUCGUCGCACAUGACCGAGAGCAAUUUAAUCCGUCUUCUCGGACGGUAGCUUUCACGCCAUGGACUCAUAUAGCCAUGACCACAUUGCCGCUUUUCUUGGGCCCUUACACCGGGAUGCUGCACCACGCCAUGCCAAGUUACAACAUCGAAGAAUUUGCGAGGCUAGUCGGAUCGAACCAAGCUACAACUUUCCAAGGUGUGCCAAGCGUUGUCCUUCAGAUGGCAAAUUCUGAUAUAACCAGUCGAUUCGAUUUCAGUCGUGCAAAAUAUAUCAAUGUCGGCGGUCCGCUAAAGAAUGAUCUUAAAGACCGGCUGCUAAGCAAGGCGCCGUGGAAGCUCAUCCAAGUGUAUGGAAUGACGGAAGCUGCCGGAUAUGUCGCAUACCAGAAAGCAAGCGAGGAGCCACCAGAUGGAGUGACAGGCAAGUUAUUACCCAACGUUGAGGCCUGCCUCAAGAAAGAGGGAAGUAUAGAAGACGUGCCCGAAGGUCAACCAGGCGAGCUCUGGUUGAGGGGACCGAAUUUCACGCGAGGAUACGCCUUCAACGAGGAAGCAAAUAAGAAAGGGUUUCCGAUGAAAGGAUGGUACAACACGGGAGAUGUAUGCACCAUCGACGCAGAAGGUCGAAUAAGCGUAGUAGGGAGAACAAAAGACCUUAUCAAGUAUAAAGGCUUCCAGGUAUCGCCAGCAGAGCUAGAGAGUUACAUUAACGCCCAUCCUAACGUGGUGGAAGGGGGUGUGAGUGCACUCUGGGACGAAAGUCAAUUGACGGAACUCCCGACAGCUUGGGUCAUAUUGAAAGAUAGAUUCAAGACUCCGCAAGAAAAGAAAAGGGCUCUCAAGGAGGUACAUCAGGCGGUUGACAGUCAGGUGAGCGGUUACAAGAAGCUCAGGGGAGGAGUCUGGGAGAUCAAGAGGUUGUCGAAAAAUGCGACGGGGAAGAUACUAAGGAAGCAGAUGGCUGCUAUGAGGGAUGGAGUUUGUUCACUCGAAGACUCACUUAAGCCUAAAUUGUAA